AUGUGACUCCGGGAUGAGCCAGAUUAGCGGCUGCUCUCCGUUUGCCAGGAGUCCACACAAACAGGCAAACAUCGUUUCAACACGGACGCUGGACGAGGACGUGAACUAUUCCACCUUCUUUUAGGACAUUUCAGCCGUGACCAAUUACAUUUUGGGCAGCAUUCAUGAACUAGCUCUAAAUUCAUAGCAGGAUAAAAAUCAUGAUUUCGCCGUGGGACCGGUGGUACUCGACGAGCUGCUGCCUCUGCUGCCAUGUACGGACGGGCACCAUCAUUCUGGGAAUAUGGUACAUGCUCAUCAAUGCCGUGGUCCUACUCAUCCUGUUGUCGGCUCUCAAUGACCCAGUUCAAUACCGCUACCACCUUACCAGCUCUGAGCUCGGAACCGACAUUGAUGUCAUGGAUGAUGCAAAUAUCUGCAUAGCCACUGCAAUAUCCCUACUCAUGAUUCUCAUAUGUGGCAUGGCGACGUACGGUGCUUACAAGCAACAUGCUGCUUGGAUCAUUCCAUUCUUCUGCUACCAAAUCUUCGACUUUGCCCUUAACACACUUGUAGCCAUUAGUGUGGUGGUUUAUCCCAACACGGUGCAGGACUACCUCCAGCAGCUGCCAGGGACAUUCCCUUACAAAGAGGACAUCAUGUCCACCAACAACUUGUGCCUAGUCUUUGCAGUCCUCCUCUUCAUCGGCUGCAUUCUCUCCUUCAAGGCCUACCUGAUUGGCUGUGUGUGGAACUGCUACAGAUACGUGAGCGGCAGGGGUACCACGGAGGUUCUGGUUUAUGUCACCACCAACGACACCACGUUCAAUGAGUUGAUACCUCUUAAUACACAAGGUUCUGCUGCCGCCAUACGAGGAGGCCAUUGCCAUACCACCCAAGGAGCCCCCUCCCCAGUAUAUGGAGGCAUGAGAGACAUCCUCGGACCUUGUACCCCGAAACCCUCCCAAUACCAUCACAUCUCCCUCCAACAGUAGGACCCCCCAACGCUGGCUGGUUCAUGAUGAAAAACAAGACCAAACAAAGUCUUAGCAGCUGGUUUCAGCUUGGAUUCUUGCCAACUUUAGAUUAGAUUAGGAGGACCCUGAUCCAGUAUUGACAUCAACUCCCCACCCCUCCAAAACACCACUCCUGGUUGUUGUGACGUAUUGUCCUCCCCCUAUAUCGUCUCCUCUGUCCUCCUCCAAGGACAGAACCACAGCAACUUUAGCCGCUCCCAACCCUCCCUCUUGGCAGCUGCCAUGUCACCUGGCAGCGCCUGAACUCUUGCACGCCCUGAACACUCUGUCCCAAACUUAAUCUGCACUUUUCUUUGAGUGAAACUUGCACCGGUCUGGCCACCAACUGUUAACCUCCCCUGAUACUGUGAAUCUCCCUUGUGGUCUUUGUCUAGAAACAAACUACCUGAAGAGAGACAGAGAGAGAGAGAGUGAGAAGGAAAAGCGACAUACACGUUCGGUUAUGCAAGAGCACUUCUUUUUUCCAGAAAAGGACAAAUUCCUUCAUUGAAUGUAAUGUCGAGGUAUUUUUGUAUGACUUUUUUGUAUAACAGAGAGAAAAAGAAGCGAGUAGUGAAGGCUGUCCUGUCCUGAUAAAAUAUCAUUCAUCUGUGUGUCGAUGUAACUCUGUCCUGCUGGAAAUCAUAUUGAAAAAAAAAAGGUUCCUUAACCAGUACCAACUACUGUCCAUCUUCCUUUUGUAUCAGUCUAAACACUGUCUGUGAACCUGUAACCCACUGACUGCCAGUAAAAAAAAAAACUUGUGCACCCAUUGACUUGUAUCAGAAUAUUCCAGUUUGCCUUCCUGUUUGUUCCCAUAUCGCAAAAGUUAGUACUGGCAUUGAUGUAAUCAUCAAGUGAGGCACUUAUCACGACGUUUCACAUAUUCUCACACUUCAGAUUCAAUGAUAACAUCAAUACUGUCAAAUUGUAAAUGUGUCAACAUUUAUGAUUGAAAAUGUCUGUCUUGUGUUCCCGUAUAGUUUCAACAGCAUUGUCUGUGUCUUUGUUUUCUGUUCUUUCUUUUUUUUUUUACAUGGAUCAUGGUAUACAAUCUGAUCUUUUUAGAUAAGCUAACUUAGCUGGACUGAGGGCAUUUUCCUAUAAAGACGGCGUGACAUGCUGUAUAUGCAGUGACUGUCUAAGUGUGUGUGUGUGUGUGUGUGUGUGUGUGUGUGUGUGUGUGUGUGUGUGUGUGUGUGUGUGUGUGUGUGUGUGUGUGUGUGUGUGUGUGUGUGUGUGUGUGUGUGUGUGUUUGCGGGCCUGAGUGUUGUUGUCGAAACUCCCAGGUCCUUUAUAUGUUGUAACAUUUUUCUUGCACAUACAGUGAUAUCAUUUUGAGAUAUUUCCUGUGCUGGUGACCUUUUUGAAAUGAUCCAUGGAUGGGAAUCUAAAGCAUUGAUUUAGCUUAGAGUAGUAGCACAAAACAUACAGGACAAACACAACUAGAGGAGCUAGAUGCUUGUCUUUUGUCCUUUUGCCUGGAACUAUUCAGGCAAUACGUAAAGACAUAAUAAUGGAACAAGCAUUAUAAAAUCAACCUAAUCCCUCUUUUUCCAAUCAUUCCUGUGUAGUAUUGGAUAUAAACAGGAGAGCAUCAUUUUGUCACUCAGACUAUGCAGAACAACUUGUUAGACCUAGAAAUACUAGUACCAGGAAGUAGUACUGCGUCUGAUACUAAUGCUGUAGUGAAUACUGUAGCCAUGUGUUGGCCCCUUCAUCAUUGUCCCCUGUGUGAAUUAUGACCACUGCUUCUGCAAAUCCAACAAAGCUGAAAAAUGAAAAUGCACUUUAAAUCAGCGACAGUAACAACUGAUGUGCUUGUGUUUUGUUCAUCUUGACUAUGAGGUGUGCUGUAGCUAAGUGGUUCUAAUGUGAGCAGCAGCCAUCCUCUGGAUGAUGGAAGCUUGUAAAAAAAGAAAAAAUAAUGAUACAGAUAUUUGUUGUCUGUUAUGUGACUGUGAAGCUGACGGAUCCUAACCUGACUGUGAGGAGAAUUUGAGCUGAGUCGUGCAGGGUUUAGGGGAAAAGGUUUGCAGAGUAAUCCGGACCAGUGGACAGCUGAUGCCUAAUUUGAUUAGAAUCACUCCUUGGCUGUUCUCUCUAUCGCUUUUCCAUUCACACACACGUCCUCUUGUUGGAUCUGCAUGAGCCCAUGUCUUUAAUUCUGAAUAAUAAAAAACAGAAUCAA